AUGUAUGCCAGCUCCCUCCCGGCUGCUGAGAAAUUGCUCCUGACAGCUGAUUUGUUGGUUGUCAGAACUGGUCGCUGUGCGGCUGAUAAGGGCGCAGAGGCCCGAGAUGGAAAACUAACUGCUUCUCAUGAUUUCAAAGGCAGCCCCAUCAGCCUGGGGCCUGCAGACACAUGUAAAUGUCUCUGGGCUGAAAUCACCAGGGAUGUUUCCGCCAUGUGCGGGGGCCAUUCUUUAAAGAGAUUCGGCUUUGUAACUUUCGAGAACGAGGAUGUGGUGGAAAAGGUCUGCGAGAUUCAUUUUCACGAAAUCAAUAAUAAAAUGGUAGAAUGUAAGAAGGCCCAGCCGAAGGAAGUGAUGUUUCCUCCAGGGACGCGGGGGAGAGCCAGAGGUCUGCCCUACACCAUGGACGCCUUUAUGCUGGGAAUGGGCAUGCUGAGUUAUCCAAACAUUGUAGCAACGUAUGGCCGAGGAUACACUGGUUUCGCCCCAAGCUACAGCUACCAAUUCCCUGGCUUCCAGGCAACAGCGUAUGGUCCAGUAGCGGCGGCGGCAGCAGUGGCAGCAGCACGCGGCUCAGGUAGGGGGGCCCGUGGAAGAGGCGGCUACGCAGCAUACCCUCAGAGCACAGGGCCAGGCUUCCCCGAUUACGGUUUCUAUUCCUCGCCAAGUGACCAACGGGGGCCCCCCUUCUCCUUUGCGGACUAUGGCUCCCUGGGCCCCCAGGCGGCUCAGCUGCUGCAAAGCGAGCAUGCCACAUCAGCCUGCAACUCCCCUCUCCAGCACCUGGCCAGCCCGGAUCAGUAUAAGAGCCCAGGCACCAACCCACCCCGGCCUGGAGUCUUUCCUGGAGCCAGCAGUCCCGGGCCAGGGGCUGACCUGUACGGCCCCACCAGCCAGGACUCCGGCGUGGGCAACUACAUUAGCGCUGCUAGUCCCCAGCCCGGCUCCGGCUUCGGACACAGCAUUGCUGGUCCUUUGAUUGCGACAGCUUUUACAAAUGGAUACCAUUGAAACCUAACAGGUGGUUGGUUGCCAUCUCAUUUGAGCAGAGUUUAUCAGGAGGCCCGGGGAAGACUGGCCGGAGUUUCUAAUUGGUUCUGUGUACAGGUAAAGGCCAUUAAACUUCAAGCACUACAGCGUUGAAUGGGAAUCUAAAGCUGAGAUGGCGCCACACGAAGAACAAACCGAAAUAUCAGAAUCAUCUCAGAAAGAAGAAAGAAAACAACUAAACAAUCUGCUGUACUAUACUGAAAACCUGGCUUUUGAAUAUUUUAUCCUAGUGUAGCCCUGACCUUCAAUUAGGAUUAUAUUUUUUCCCCUUUACUGUUUUUCCUUUUAGAAGCAUUUUUUCAUCUUUUAUUGUGUACAUGUUGAAUCAACCAAUGUUUAUUUGAUUUCUAGAUGUUCUUCGUUGUUCUUGAAUGUUCUCUGAUGAGAGCGACUAUGUAAACAUAAAAUUUAUUUUUUUGUUUUUUGAGGUAGUAAUUUUUCCAAUAGCAGUCAUUUCACAGCCCUCGUCUAUCACAUUUUCAGGUUUCAUUUCAUACAAGCAAGAAACCGGAUUGAAAUGACAUUUUUAAUUCAAGCCUAAACCGCAAUGAGUGGGUAACUCAAAAAAAAUCUUAGUAGCUCUGUUCUCUGUUUAUUGUGAUGUCUUGUUAACCAUGAUUACCUAUUUUGGGCAAUAAGAGGACUACAAUAUUUUCACAGUCCUUUUUUAUAAAUGUCAUUUUUGUUGUCGAUGAAAAAAAAAAAGAAAGAAAAGAAAAAGCUUUCCUUUUAAUACUUUGUGAAAUGAGAUUUAAAAAGAAAAGAAUUCUGAAACUGUAUAUAUUAUUCUGUUCACUGCAUCAAACUGUUUCUGAGAGAGAACCAUAUUUUUGUGAUGGCGUCAGAAGUUGUAUCGUGCGCAAGCCGAAAUAUGUCAGUGCAAAAAUAUCUUCGAGGGUCAAUGCAGUAACUGAGGUCCAUCUGUAGCACAAAGACCGUGAUUUACCCCAGUACGGACUAAACUCAAUCGAACACUGUUAGCUCGCUUUGUAAAUACCGUCGGCUUUACACCUGUGCAGGUGUCAUACCAGCAUAUGGAUUAGAUAGUACGUUAAAAUGUGCACAGCUUAUAGAGAAUAUACUUUACAAGGUAUACAGAAAUCAGCAUUGUAACAAAAGAAAAAAAAUCGCCACAAAAUCCAAAGCACACAUGAAUUACGAUUUCAAACCGUGUCGAGACAUUUCAUGUUAGCAUUUCAUUUCGCAUUCUAGUACGAGCUUCUUUUUCCCAACGAGUGUCCAUGUGUGUCGAGAUUUUUACGAUUCGAAUUAAAAAAAAAGCAAUAUUUCAAAAUGUUUUGAAAUUGCUCUACGAUUAGAAAAAACGAAUCUUUUAUACCAUUACCUCAGUCCUGUGAGAAUUACUUUAAAGGAGAUUACAAAGUAAUUUAUUUUAGCCUGAGACAGAUAUUGAAAAAGAUAUUAAAGUGUUGUUUUGAAAUUAAGUAAAUAAUUGCACUGUGAGAGAGAAUUUAUCAUUUUCUAUUUGCACAUGUGAGCUGACAGUCUCUAACAUGGGUCAUGUGAAGGACCGCUGUGGAAGCCGUUUGUUUCUUUCCACGCAGGAUAACACUUACGAAUCUCGAGUCUUGGCUUGCAUUGAUUCGAAGACUGUACUAUUUUAUUCUAGAAUAUCAGAGAUGACAGAUGAGUUUAUUGGUAGCAAUAGUUCAUUUCCUCAGAAACACUGAAGCCAGUAGCUGCUACACACAUUUGUUGUUCAUGUGGGGACUGGAUUUGAUGAGACACAAAUGGCAUUUAGAAAUAUGAAUUGACUGAUGCUGUUAUUCGAUCUUGUUGAAAAUGUUGUAUUUUUGUUUAUUACAUUUUUUUUGUUUGUUUUUUUGUUCAUUUCACUAAACUAACAGGUGAGGCAGAAUGCUGGAUUCUUUCUCAAGAAGGAGACGUGAUAAAAGUAAUACGAUUUAAAAAAAUAA